CGGAUGAUGACCCCACUCUAAGUGCGGGGCCCCGCACUGUGAAGCGCUCGACCUCGAAUCAUCGACCUCAUCCCGACGAACUGCUCAAAGGACGAAGACUGUCGUGAUGGUGCUCAGAGAGGUUAUGAGGUCUUUCCGUCCCACGCCGGAAAGCCUUCCGCCACCAGAGGUCCUCUACAGACCCCGACUUCCCUUAGGUGUCCGUGUGUACAGACAGCCAUUGAAUCCAUUGAUAUUUCUGCUGAAAGCUGCACAAUUAUAUCCGCAAAAACUUGCCAUAGCGCACCCGGACGUCCCACACCCUGUGUUCUAUUCAUAUGAAGUCUGGGCUCAGCGCACACAGAAUUUAGCAUAUGCUCUGAUACGUGCUGGGGUACAACCGGGCGACCGUGUCGCGGUCAUUGCCCCAAACUCACCACUCAUAGCCGAUGCAUACCAGGGCGUCCUCGCCGCCAGAGCUGUCAUAUGCCCAAUCAACACGCGUUUGACACAACAAGAAGUCGCUUACAUCCUCGAUCACAGUGGUGCCAAGAUAAUCCUCGUAGAUCAUGAAUAUGCCCACGUUGUCCAGGGCGCGCAAGCGCAAGUCAUUGUAGCGAAUGAUACGGGGAAGCCUGGGGAUCCAUACGAGGACUUCUUGAGUGCUGGGAGGAAGUUCAGCAGAGAGAGGGGAUGGCCUGGUUUGGAGUGGGAAGCGGACGAGGAAGCACCGGCUGCCUUGUGCUAUACAUCUGGAACCACGGGUCGACCAAAAGGCGUCGUCACGACACUGCGAGGUUCGUACCUCGCGGCCGUCGCAAACGCCUAUGAAACAAGGAUGGACCGUGACUCCACGUAUCUCUGGAUUCUCCCUAUGUUCCAUGCGUCCGGCUGGACGUAUCCCUGGGCAGUAACGCUUGCUUCCGCAUUGCAGAUCACGGCACGAACAGUGUCAUAUCCCCUCAUCUGGAAGCAUUUGCUGCACUCCGGUGUCACCCACUAUUGCGGAGCUCCCACCGUACAGAUUGGACUGGUGAAUGCACCGCAAGCGAGGGCACUCGACAAACCCGUGGUGGCUAUCAUCGCAGGCUCAGCGCCGACCGCGCACUUGCUCGGCGAACUAGAGAAGAGAAACUUCCGCCCCGUACACGUCUACGGGUUGACCGAGACGUAUGGCCCCUUUACGCGCUGCUAUGACCAGCCUGCGUGGGCCUCUCUUUCCCCCGACGACCGUGCGAGAUCCAUGGCGCGACAAGGACUCGCGUUUGCCACAUCGGACGAUGCCCGCGUCGUCUAUCCACUGAAGGAAGGCGAAGAUCCAUAUGCGGACACGGAGCUCGUGGACGUGCCCAAAGAUGGGAAGACUGUAGGGGAAGUUGUCGUGCGCGGUAACAUCGUCAUGAAAGAGUAUUUCAGGGACUCCGAGGCGACAAGAAAGGCGUUUCGGGGCGGACACUUCGGCACGGGCGACUUGGCAGUAUGGUAUCCUGACGGUUACGUCUCCGUCCAAGACAGGAGCAAGGACAUCAUCAUAUCAGGUGGCGAGAAUGCGUCAAGCCUCGCAAUAGAGCAAGAGCUUGCCAGCCAUCCGGACGCCUUGGAGGUCGCAGUUGUAGCUCGGCCGCAUCCUCGAUGGGGCGAACGCGCCAUGGCAUUCGUGAUUCUACACCCUCAACGCGCAUCAAAGUGGAUAGGGCGACACGCCGAUUUCGAAGAGGACUUGAAGAAGCACGCACGCACUCGUUUGCCAGGCUUUGCGUGUCCGGAAUGGGUCGCAGUCGUCGAUGAUCUUCCCAAAACGUCGACCGGGAAGAUUCAGAAAGUAGUCCUGCGUAAGACGGUGGCGAAGCUUUGAAUUUGGCAAUUUACGGACAAACCAUGCGUUCCAAUGAUCAUAAUAGCCAUUCGUAAAAAUGAGAGAGGUGGUGGCGACCGUUUCGCGCCGAGUAA